AUGGAGAACGGAAGAGCAGGAAGAGAAGUGGUGGUCUCCGCCCUCCAGUUUGCUUGUACCGAUGACAUCUCCACUAAUCUCGCCACUGCUGAAAGGUUGGUUAGAGCUGCUCACAAGAAGGGAGCAAACAUUAUUCUCAUUCCGGAACUAUUUGAGGGACAUUAUUUCUGCCAAGCUCAAAGAGAAGAUUUUUUUCAGCGAGCAAAGCCUUACAAGGGCCAUCCUACUAUUCUGAGUAUGCAAAAACUUGCAAAAGAGCUGGGUGUCGUUAUACCAGUUAGCUUCUUUGAAGAGGCAAAUAAUGCCCAUUACAAUUCCAUAGCCAUAAUUGAUGCUGAUGGAGCCGACCUUGGGCUCUAUAGAAAGUCUCAUAUUCCAGAUGGACCAGGUUACCAGGAAAAAUUCUACUUCAAUCCAGGCGACACUGGAUUCAGGGUUUUCCAAACUAAAUUUGCAAAGAUUGGAGUAGCAAUAUGCUGGGAUCAGUGGUUUCCAGAGGCAGCUCGUGCUAUGGCACUGCAAGGUGCUGAGAUAUUAUUGUACCCCACUGCUAUUGGUUCUGAACCUCAAGAUGAAGGACUUGAUUCUCGUGAUCAUUGGAAACGAGUUAUGCAGGGCCAUGCUGGAGCUAAUUUGGUACCUCUAGUAGCUUCAAACCGCAUUGGAAAGGAAAUAAUCCAGACAGAGCAUGGAAACAGUGAGAUCACAUUUUAUGGAAACUCCUUUAUAGCAGGACCAGCAGGGGAGAUAGUUGCAGUGGCUGAUGACAAAGAGGAAGCUGUUCUUGUUGCAAAGUUUGAUCUAGAGCAAAUCAAGUCCAAGAGACAUAGUUGGGGGGUAUUCCGUGAUCGACGUCCAGAUUUAUACAAGGUUCUUUUGACAUUAGAUGGCAGUAAUCCCGUAUUGUGA